CGCAUAUACUAAUAAUAAUUAGUAACCAUUUCGUUUGUGCUCUCGAAAGAGAUAGCAAAAGGAGUUGAAAGUGGGUGUCGAUCGUCAACAGUAUGAUGAAGCUAAUUUCUCCAUUUCGUGUAGUAUUGGCACUUCUCUUGGCAUCUCAAUGCGUAGUGUCUCAACUUCAAGUUGGAUUCUACGCGAAUAAAUGCCCGUUAGCCGAGUUCAUUGUUAAGGAUGAGGUUAAGAAAGCUUUCUUCAAGGACAAAGGCAUUGCUCCCGGACUUGUGAGGGUGCACUUCCACGACUGCUUUGUCAGGGGUUGUGACGGGUCGGUCCUGAUUGAUUCCACUCCCUCGAACACGGCCGAGAAGGAUUCUCCACCAAACAAUCCCAGCCUGCGAGGAUUCGAGGUCAUCGACAAUGCCAAGGCUCGACUAGAAGCUGCGUGCAAGGGAGUUGUCUCGUGUGCUGAUAUCCUAGCAUUUGCAGCAAGGGACAGUGUCGAAAUUACAGGAGGCUUCAGCUAUGCGGUCCCAGCAGGAAGGAGAGACGGGAGGGUAUCGGUUGCAUCAGAGGCAUUGGCAAACUUACCUCCACCGUCUUUAAAUGUCGACCAACUCACACAAAGCUUUGCCAGCAAAGGUUUCACUCAAGAAGAAAUGGUCACCCUCUCUGGGGCCCAUACAAUUGGCCGGUCUCAUUGCACUUCAUUCCGCAAUAGGUUGUAUAGCUUCAAUGCUACAAUGAGCCAAGACCCGACCUUAGACCCAAGGUAUGCGGCCACCUUGAAACAGCAGUGCCCGCAAAACAGUAAUGACCCGAACCUCGUGGUCCCCAUGACACUCAGCCCAGCAACCACCGACGUUGGAUACUACCUUGACAUCCUCCUUAACAAGGGACUUUUCACAUCCGACCAGACCUUACUGACAAAUUCCGCGACUGCUAACCAAGUAAUCCAAAAUGCGAGGAAUCCGUUGCUCUGGAAGAGAAACUUUGCUGCUGCUAUGGUGAAGAUGAGCAAGCUCAAUGUGUUGAUGGGCAAUGCUGGCGAGAUACGGAUGAAUUGUCGGGUAAUUAAUUAAAGGCGCUGGCUAAAUCAGGGAGUGAGGAUUUGGUUUACUUAACACGUUUGAUUGCUUGAUCUAGGCUUCGUCUUGAUGUUCUUUUUUCUAUAUUCUAUUUCCCAUAACUAUCGAAUGCAUUUCAUUAAACUGUGAACUAAGCAAGCAAAAGCUUCACCGCGGCACUGUAGUAUUUGAUCAAUUGUCAAAAGUUAUUAUCAAAAGUAACUUGGGAGUGUUAUUGAUA